AUUCAAUUAAUCAGUUGAAGCUUGUAUUCGAAAGUGUUCAGAUCAUCAUUACUCCAAAAAAUUAUGGGAAAAAUUAUUUUAUACGGAAUUUUGCUGUCGCCUCCAGUGCGUGCUGUUCUUUUGACCCUUCACGAAUUGGAUCUAGAAUUUGAGUUUGUUGAAGUUAAUCCUCUAAAAGGGGAACAAUAUAACGAGGAAUACGUCAAAAAGAACCCCCAACACACGAUUCCUCUUCUCGAAGACGAUGGCCAAUGUAUUUCGGACAGCCAUGCCAUAAUUGCAUAUUUAUGUCGAAAAUUUGGAAAAACUGAUUCACUCUACCCCAAGGAUUUCUAUAAAAGGGCAAUUGUUGACAAUCGUCUUCAUUUUGAAUCAGGGAUUCUGUUUGCUCGUUGCUUGAAGGGAUUUAGGUCUACAAGUGAAACAUUGGAGAACAAGUUGAAGAACAUCGAAGAAGCUUACGACUUUAUGGAAGUAUUUCUCGCAGACAGUACACACAUGGCUGGAAAUAAUUUGACUAUCGCUGAUUUGAGUAUUCUGCCCUCCCUCAGUUCAUUGGAUCUCAUUGUUCCGGUUAAUUCAACAAAAUGGCCAAAAUUAAAUUCCUGGUUGGAUUUGAUGAAAAAGUUACCUUAUUAUGAGGAAGUUAAUGUUGAGGGCCUUAGAUUGAUUGCUGAAAUGUUAAAACCAAUGUUAGAAUCCAUGAUAGCUGAGUCGAAGAAAUAAAAGACUUGCUAGAAAUUUGUGAAUAAA